GAAAAUAAGAAAAUGUUACAUCCCAAAGCCAUUUAUCAGGUUGGUCAGCAAUCUGAGACCUUCCAGUUGGCUAGCAUGUUGGCUAGCUCUUCCCAUCAUUUCCUUUUCUUCCUACCUUGUUAUGUGCCAUCAAGACGGAACUGACUUACCCUAAUAGAGUUUUCAAGAGUCUGAACAGCUGCUACAAGUGCCUUUUGCAGGGGGAAAAACAUGGCAGAAAAAGGUUCCACUCUCAUUGUGGUCCUCUUGGUGAUGGGCAACGUCGUCAUCAUGUUGGCAGGACUUGCCCUUUACGCCGAGUCCGUCUGGGUAACAGCUGAUCCGUACAAAGUGUAUCCCAUCAUGGGAGUAUCGGGCAAAGACGACGUCUACGCGGGUGCCUGGAUCUCCAUUUUCACCGGGUUUUGCUUCUUCUGCGUCUGUGUCUUCGGCAUUAUCAGCCUGGUGAAUGGCAACCGCCUCAUGGUGUUGUUGUACCUCGUGCUGAUCUUGAUUGUCUACUUGUUUGAGUGCGCUUCAUGUAUCACCUCCUACACACAUCGUGAUUAUGUGGUUUCAAAUUCCAGGUUAAUAACCAAACAGAUGCUCUCCUUCUACUCGGCAGAUUCAGACCAAGGCCGGGAACUCACCCGGAUGUGGGAUCGCUUCAUGAUGGAGCAACAGUGCUGUGGCACCAAUGAUCCCAUGGACUGGGUGAACUACACCUCGGUCUUCCGAAGCAGGUACCCUGAGGUGGUGGCCCCUUGGCCUUUCUACUGCUGCAAGCGCGACCGUAACUUCAUCAUGAUCAACGAGGAAGGCUGCCGGCUGGGGCAUGUGGACUACAUCAACACGGAGGGCUGCUUUGAACACAUCAAACAUGCAGUGCAGAGCUACGCCUGGGCGGUCUCCUGGUUCGGCUUUGCAAUCCUGAUGCUCACGGUUCCAGUUGUUCUUCUGGCGAUAUACCAUUAUACGACAAUGUGAGGAUUCCCAGCUGUUCCAAUUGUGGUUGCCCCAUGAUGGAGGAAGAUGCACCCUGAUCCAUCCUUCUAAGAAAAACUCCAUGGGUUUCCUCCUGUACUGGUGCUGUACUACAGCACGUUUUCCAAGGCUGAACUACUCCCUCAGCUGUUUUGCCUGUGGUCACUUCUGCCGAGCACCUGCAACUUCAUACUAGCCUGUUGCACAAAAGGCUUCUGUGGAAAAAUGUUUUCAGCAACCACUGUGUAUCUUUGUUGCUCUUGCUUUUUUUGUUUGUAUGUAGUAUAAAUACUAUUUGAAAU